GUUGGCCGUGUGUGCGACGACAAGACUCCAGUCGUGCCAUCGGUUUCGGACGAGUAAGACACGCCAAAAAAGACCCCACCCACUUACUCACGCCCGUCUCACUCACGUCACACACGUUGACAACAUUACUCCGACGGUAUCGUCCCCCCCCCUUUCCCAAAAGUUUCGUCUCGUUCAACCGCGGCUCCUGGCCUCCUCCCGCACGUGCUGCUAAAAGGGAACGCAUUCCAAAGACAACCGAGAGAAAAUUGACGAAUAGCCACGCAGGGAAAAUGUUUCCCGUUUGACCUGAAAGGAAAAAAAAAACGCUUGUCACAAAAAAUCCCGAAAAGUCUUUGAUGUGCCUACAGAGUGUCCAAAUUUAGAAGGAGGAGGCGUGAAAACAACCAAAAACCCAGACAAAAUUUCCAGGCUCGCUCCUGAUGGAAGUUGUGGGCGGCUGAAGAGUCAAGGCACAGCGAAACGGACAACCGACAAACUGUGCGGACCACACCAGCGAAAACCUUGGCGUCACAACGACUGAUGCAACACGACCAAGAGCAGCAGCAGCAGUAGCGUCUUGUCGCUCCUGGCCCGGUGUUUGUAUUCGCCCCCCUCGGCGCUUUCUCUUUUUCCUUUCGUAUUGCAAGACGAAAGUGCAGCAGUGAGGGGCUCACGGCGAUCUAAAGUUGGAAACGACUGAAACAACAACAAAAAUACACAACGGGCGAACGCGGCGGUGCAAAAGAAAAAGCAGAAAAGGCAACGGACGCGGACCAACGGAUGCGGCGGCAGCGGCGGCCCGAUAUAUAUUCUCUCACUCGGCUGGGCUCCUCCGCUUGUGCUCUCUCUUGUUUGGCCGCGUCAAAACGUGUCCGCCAGACCCGUGAAAAAAAAUAAAACAACCAGCAACGCUCAGCUGUUUGGUUGGACCACCCGGAAUCGGCGUUAAAAUCGGCCGCCGAUCAAAAAACAUAUCCAGCCGGAUUGUGACUCUCUCUCUCUCUCUUUCGUGCCUCGUGUGUUUUCUCUCUCGACGUGUCGCCUAUCAAAAACUCGCCGGCCAAUCAGCCUCACCCAGCCCUCGAGAUAACAAACUCGUCACGCUGCCCCACUCCUCCUAUCAUCCCGGACUGUCUCCUCACUUGGCGCUGUCCCGCUAUCACGCUUAAGAGGUUGUUGUUGUUGUUGCCAGCCGUUGUAAGGAAAGAAGAAAAAUGAGUUGGAGCGCCGACGAUGGGACAGGAGGAACGAGAAGGAGUCGACCGGGACGAAGCCAUUCGGCCGCCGUAACCGAUUGGCUCGGCCGGACGUCGUCGGUUCCCUCAUCACGCCACACGGGCCACGGCGGCGGUAGUUACCCAGCUCAGUCCCUCCAACUGCAACAACAACAAGAACAAGCCCGGCUCGUUUUGACGCUGACCGGCUGGCGUCGACGCGCCCUUUUCGGCCUCCUCCUCACCCUGACCGUCAUCGUCAUCAUCAACCUGUCGCUGACUUUAUGGCUCCUGCGCUCCAUGCAAUUCUCUCUGGACGGCAUCGGCAACAUGAAAAUCACGCCCAGCGGGAUCCAGCUGAACGGCGAGGCCAUGGUGCUCGACACCUUGAUAACGUCACAAAUCAGCGCCAAACAAGGGCAUCCGCUCGUCUUCGACUCCAACCAGAACAUCACGCUGAACGCCCGCGACGCCCAGGGACGGAUCGCCAACAAAAUCUUCCUCGGUGAAGACCGGCUGGAAGUGGUGGCAAGAGAUUUCCGCGUGACCAACUCCCGCCAGGAGCUGCUUUUUGCGGCCAACCGCAAAGAAGUCGUCGUAGGUGCCGACAUCUUGCGAGUGUCAGGAGUUGGCGGCGCCGUGUUCGAAGGAUCGAUUCAAACGCCACUGGUUCGAGCAGAAUCGGGCAACGAUCUCAGGUUGGAAUCGGCUACCCGAACGCUACAAAUGCAGGCACCGCAAGGAGUGGCGCUCGAAUCUCAAGCGGGCGACAUUUCGGCCACGAGUUACGAAGAUUUGAGGCUGUGGUCGACCGGCGGAUCGAUCAGAAUCGACUCGUCGAGCGUCAUGUUACCAAAAAUUCGAACGGCGCUGGUGACGUCAAAGUCGCAACGGCCGUCAUCGAGCGGCGGGUCGUAUAACAACCAACACCAGACGAGCCGAUCGUCCACCCAAAUCUAUCAGGUGUGCGUGUGCAGCAACGGCCGACUGUUCCUGUCGCCGCCCCACGGCUCAUGCGUGGCCGAUGGCACAAUAUGCGCAUAAAAAAAUGAUUCACAAUCAAAUAAUCUUUUUUUCUAAAAAAGAAAGAAAAACAAUUCUCGACUUCCCCCCGUUGCUUUGAAGCGCCGGCCCGGCCCGGCCGGGCAGCAACACCAUAUGGAAAUGAAGGCCAGGUCGGGUCGGCGCACCGCAAAAGGAGAAAAAGGCAAUAAAAUGUGGGACGACAUCACACCAAAGAAUGUGUACAUAUAGUUCUUAAAAAAAAAAAGACGAGAAUCCCGCAUAAUGGAUGUUAUAGAAUAACGUGCUGUGUGUAGAACAAGAAGAUGCCGCCAGUGCCGAGUCCUAUUUAUACGAAUGGGGCGAAAGAUCCCCACAAAAACCAAAAGACCCCCUCUCCCCAAUCAUAAUGUCAGUAAUCAAAGACUACCGUGAAAACAAACAACAAGACAAAUAUAAUUCGUUGAAUAGGCCACAAGGAAAUUGUUAUCAAACUGCGAAUUUGUGUUUUUUUGUUUGUUGAAAUUCUAGAAAAAUCCUAAUUCUCUUCUGUGUGUGUGAAAGUGAGGCCCAUUGUGCGUGGAAAACAAGAAUGUCCACGAUCGGAUGUGCUUUGCGUGCUGUGUCGUGUGUUGAUUCAAGUGCCGAGCGUUUCAGAGGACAUGACACUGGGCCGUGUCGUGUCCGCUCUGACGUUGACUGACCGAUAAAUCAAUUUGAGCGUUUCUCAUUAAAAGAAGAUAAAGAAAAAGAGACUUGGCCAUAUCAAAAGAAACCAUAGUUACGUCCCUGUAAUUACUGGGCUGGUCGUGAAGACUCUUCGUUUUGUUAUUACCUCGAAAAUUUGUUUUGCCAUUCUAUUCACCGUUGAGCUGCUGCCCUCAUCAAACAGAUUGCAUUUACCUAGAUACUUCCCUACAGUUGGUGCAUAUCAUUAAUGAGCAUCGGCUCUGGUACAGUCACAAACACAACAGCAAAGGGCCAACUCGGACGUGGGUUAUCUCUGAUGGCGCUGCAGAGGAGGUCAAACAACUUUCUUCAAAAAUACGAAUAGAACCACACAAAAUAAAUUGUAAACAGUAAAUGAUUCAAAUGUUGUUGGCGAUGAUGAAAAUAAAAGUGUCUUCUAUUGAUUAACAA